AUGCAGUACGUGCGAAACCUCAGCGACUCGGUUUCCACGGCCUGGAAUUCCAUCAACCCGGCCACUCUCAGCGGUGCCAUUGACGUGAUUGUCGUCGAGCGUGAUGAUGGUACCUUGGCUUGCUCGCCCUUCCAUGUCCGCUUUGGCAAGUUUUCGCUCUUGCGCCCGUACGAGAAGAAGGUCGAGUUCCGCAUCAAUGGCACCAAGCAGCCCUACUCCAUGAAGCUGGGCGAGGGCGGCGAGGCCUUCUUCGUCUUUGAGACUUCUGAUUCUAUCCCGGAAUCGAUGCAGACAUCCCCGCUGGUUUCUCCGGCAAGCAGCCCGCCUUUUGGACCGACAGAUGCCUCAGGAGCCCUGCAAGAGCCGGACACUCUGGAGCUUGACGGAGAGCCAGGAAAGGCCCGUCGCCCGUCACCCGCCAUUAUCCAGCCCGAUGAGAACGGCAUGAUUACGCCUCUGUCGUCCUCCCCUCCACUCUCAAGCUCACAUCCUGGCCCUGGCGGUGACUGGCGCCAAGCCUUUGACCGACCUCACAGCGACGACAUCUUGAGAAAAACCACACGACAUCAUGACGAAGCCAUUUCGGACAACGAAAGCCCUUCCGAGUCUGAAAGGUCAGGUAGCCCUCCGAUCCUUGGACCCACGGAGGCCAUUGCACGCGCUAGGGCGUUAUCCAAGGGACUGUCUGCGGUCAACAUUCCAACUCACAUUACCGAGACGGGAGAUCUUAUGUUGGACAUGACGGGCUUCAAGAGCAACGAGGAAGACAUGCUUCGUGCCGAAGUCCUUGCACGAAACAUUCUUUCCGAGGAAAUGGACGGCAACUAUGACAUCGGGGCCUUGUUUGGGUUUGAUGAAGAGGGCAACCUCUGGGUCUACAGCAGCGAAGACGCCAAGCAGGCCGCUAUGAACAAGACUAUUGAGUCGUCAUUGCAAGCACACCGCCGUGCGGUUGCUGCCGACGCCAUAUCGGAUCCGGGCUACCAAAGUGAUGGCAGCGAUCUCACCACCGCACCACACAUUCCUUCUCACCGGCGUUCAGAGUCUGAUGCCGGCCCUGGCGGCAUGCACACGCCCCCUCGAAGCCCGACCGGCUCCCUUCAGCCCCCCAAGAGCUACGCCAAGACCCUUCGGUUGACUAGCGAUCAGCUGAAGGACAUGAGCCUAAAGUACGGAGAGAACUCGAUGAGCUUCACAGUCAACCGAGCAACGUGCGCGGCCAAUCUGUAUCUGUGGAAGCACGAUACGCCCGUGGUCAUUUCGGAUAUUGACGGCACCAUCACCAAGUCGGAUGCCCUUGGUCAUGUGCUCAACAUGAUUGGCCGAGACUGGACUCACUCUGGCAUCGCAAAGCUCUAUAGCGAUAUUGCCCUGAACGGGUACAACAUCAUGUACCUGACGAGUCGCUCCGUCGGACAGGCCGACACGACUCGGGCCUAUCUGAACAACAUUGUCCAGGAGGGCUUCAAAAUGCCCCACGGCCCAACCAUUCUAUCUCCCGAUCGAACCAUGGCUGCGCUGCGUCGUGAGGUCUAUCUACGAAAGCCUCACGUGUUCAAGAUGGCAACCCUACGGGACAUUCGAAACCUGUAUGGACCCGACGGCGGUCCUUUCUAUGCCGGCUUUGGCAACCGUCUCACAGACCAAAUUUCCUACCGAACGGUGGAUGUACCGCGAACCCGCAUCUUCACCAUCAACUCCAACUCGGAAGUAUCGCUUGACCUCCUGAGUCUUAACAAACUCAAGAUGACCUAUGUCAAUAUUAAUGAGGUUGUGGACCACUAUUUCCCCCCUGUCGAUACCCUGGUCAGGGGUGGCGGGGAGGAUUACACCGACUUCAUGUACUGGAGAGAUGACCCCCUCCAGAUUGAUGAUUUCUCGGCUAGCGAUAGCGACGAUGAUGACCAGGGCAGCACUUACACUGAUGAGGAAGGGGACGAAGAGGAGGAGGAGGAGGAGGAAGAAGACGAUGAAGAAGUUGGCGAAGGGCUCGCAGACAGCUACAUCUCUCACGAGGGCUACGAGGGCGACGACAUUCUCGAGAGCAUCGAGAAUGAUUAUGCCGACGACGAGGAGAAUUACGAAGAUGAAGAUGCCGAGGCAUCGGACGAUGAAACCCGGGUGGUGGAAGAUGUCCCAGCCGAGAUAAUCACUGGGGUCAGUCACUUAUCCAUGGAAGAGAAGGCGAUGAAUUGA